AUGUCAAAACGUGCAGCCUAUGGUGAUGAUGAAGAUAACCCACCCACGCCAUCUGAUGACUCUGAUUUUGAUGAUGACGAGGACCCAGACAAUUUGGAAGUACCAGGUGGCGGGAAAACCCUGGCGGCAGCCGCUCGUAUGGGCGUCAAGACGAAGGCCCCUCCGCCGCAGACGAUCACCGUUCGGCCCACCACGAACCCAUUGGCUGCCCCGUCUGGGUUGGCCUUUGGACAGGCGUCGAACAGCAAACCGAUCAAGAUCCAGGCGAGCUCCCUCAAGAAGCCCUUCCCCAUGGGCUUAGGACGAGGAGUCGUGCCAGCCGGUGGGCCGAUCGGAGCGUUCGCCGGCGCUGGUUCCUCAGCCGCAUACAACGCAGCAUCGCUACUCGCCCAAUUGGAGAUGGGCACGCAAGGCAUGAACUCGUACCUGAUGCAGAACCUCAACCAGAUCCUGGUGUCGGGAAUGGUGGCCCAAUACGGUCAGAUGCCGCCCUGGGCGCAGCCCAAGCCUGGCAUGUGGCCCCAAGACAAGAUGCCAGGUGAUGAAGAAGAAGUGGAUGAUGAGGAGAUGGGUGUUGCAGAGACCUAUGCAGAUUAUAUGCCGUCUAAGUUGAAACUGGGCCGCAAGCACCCCGACCCCGUGGUGGAGACCGCAUCUUUGUCGUCCGUCGAGCCGGUGGACGUGACGUACACGCUCAGCCUGCCCGACGAGACGAUACGCGGCGGGCUGCUGUCGGCGCUGCAGCUCGAGGCGGUGGUGUACGCGUCGCAGGCGCACGAGCACACGCUGCCCGACGGCACGCGCGCCGGCUUCCUCAUCGGGGACGGUGCCGGUGUGGGCAAGGGUCGAACGAUCGCCGGCAUCAUCUUCGAGAACUACCUGAAGGGUCGAAAACGUGCCAUCUGGGUGUCCGUCUCCAACGACCUCAAGUACGAUGCCGAGCGCGACCUAAGGGAUAUCGGCGCCGGCAAGAUCGAAGUAUACCCCCUUAAUAAAUUCAAAUACGCCAAGAUCUCGUCGGCGGUCAACGGGAACGUGAAGAAGGGCGUGGUGUUCUGCACUUACUCUGCGCUCAUCGGCGAGACUCAGUCCUCCAGCACCAAGUACCGAUCGAGGCUCAAGCAGCUGCUGCAGUGGUGCGGCGAGGACUUCGACGGAUGUAUCGUUUUCGACGAGUGUCACAAGGCGAAGAACCUUUGCCCCGUGGGGUCUGGCAAGGCCACUAAGACCGGUCUCACAGCACUGGAGCUGCAGAACAAGCUGCCGAAGGCGAGGGUGGUGUACGCGUCAGCCACUGGUGCCUCGGAGCCCAGGAACAUGGCCUACAUGGUCCGGCUGGGCAUUUGGGGCGAGGGAACCCCCUUCCCCACUUUUAUGGACUUUAUCAACGCCGUGGAGAAGAGGGGCGUUGGUGCCAUGGAGAUAGUUGCGAUGGACAUGAAGCUGAGGGGCAUGUACAUCGCGCGCCAGCUCUCCUUCCACGGCGUCACCUUCAAGAUCGAGGAGGUGCCGCUCUCCGACGCCUUCAAGGAGACAUACGACAAGGCCGUCGCCCUGUGGGUGGAGGCGAUGCAGCGUUUCACCGAAGCGGCCGAGCUCAUCGACGCCGAGUCUCGGAUGAAGAAGACCAUGUGGGGACAGUUCUGGUCGGCCCAUCAGAGAUUCUUCAAGUACCUCUGUAUCGCUGCGAAGGUGAACCACGCGGUGGUGACGGCCCGCGAGGCGGUGAAGUGCGGCAAGUGCGUGGUGAUCGGGCUGCAGAGCACGGGCGAGGCCAGGACCCUGGACCAGCUCGAGCGCGACGACGGCGAGCUCAGCGACUUCGUCUCCACCGCCAAGGGCGUGUUCCAGACACUGGUCGAGAAGCACUUCCCGGCGCCGGACCGCGCGCGCAUCAACCGGCUGCUGGGCCUGGAGCCCAACAAGCCCACGCCCAAGCCCACCCCCACGCCCACGCCCACCGUCGCCCAGAACGGCCGCAACGGCGACGACGCCAACACCUCCAAGAGGAAGCUGACGGCGCGGCAGCAGGCGAACGCGGCGGCGAAGAGGGCGCGCGGCGGCUCCUCGUCGGACGAGUUCGUGCGCGGCUCCGAGGACGAGCUGGACGAGGACGCGCACGACGAGUGGGACGACGCGCGCCGCUCCGACUCGGACCUCAGCGACUCCAACCCGUUCCGCGCGGGCCGCGACAGCGACAGCGACGACGAUCCAUGGAUCGGCCGCAAGAAGAAGCCGACGAAGAAGAAGAAAACCACGUCGCCCAAAAAGAAGGCGGCCAGCACUCAGGACAAGAUCGAGACGAUGUUCGAGAGGAAGAACAGCACGGCGCCCUCCACCGUCACCGUCACCACCGCCGGUGGCCAUAGCCUCACGGGCACACCGGUCGGCACCAACGGCCUCUACUUAGGACCUGCGAGGAAUCAGCCCCCGCCUCGGUCAGCCAUCGAGCGCGCCUGCAGCAUGAAGGAGGAGCUGCUCGCCGCCAUAGAGCGCCUCGGCCGCCGACUACCGCCCAACACGCUCGACCAGCUGGUUGACGAGCUGGGAGGCACUGAGAAUGUUGCUGAGAUGACGGGCCGCAAGGGGCGUGUGGUGCAAACUGAAGACGGGCAGAUACUCUACGAGAGUCGUUCAGAGGCGGACGUGCCCCUUGAGACCCUCAAUCUCACCGAGAAGCAGCGCUUCAUGGACGGCGAGAAGGACGUGGCCAUCAUAUCAGAAGCUGCCUCCAGCGGUAUAUCACUGCAGAGCGAUAGGAGGGCGCGAAAUCAAAGGAGAAGAGUUCAUAUAACCUUAGAGCUGCCUUGGUCAGCUGACAGAGCUAUACAACAGUUUGGGCGCACGCACCGCUCGAACCAGGUGAACGCGCCCGAGUACAUCUUCCUGAUCUCGGACCUGGCCGGCGAGAGGCGGUUCGCGUCCACGGUGGCCAAGCGGCUCGAGUCGCUCGGCGCGCUCACGCACGGCGACCGCCGCGCUACCGAGACCAGGGACCUCAGCCAGUUCAACAUCGACAACAAGUACGGGCGCACCGCGCUGGAGGCGGUGAUGAAGGCGAUAAUGAAGUACGAGUCGCCGCUGGUGGCGCCCCCGCGCGACUACAGCGGCGACUUCUUCCAGGACGUGGCCAGCGCGCUCGUGGGCGUCGGCCUCAUCGUCAACAGCGAGAGCGCGCCGGGCGUGCUCUCGCUCGACAAGGACUACAACAACAUGUCGAAAUUCCUGAACAGGAUAUUGGGCAUGCCAGUUGACUUGCAGAACAGACUGUUCAAAUACUUCACAGAUACCUUGGCCGCAGUUAUGGAGCAAGCCAAGCGUAGCGGCCGCUUCGACCUCGGCAUCCUGGACCUGGGCAGCGCCGGCGAGAGCGUGCGCCGGGUCAAGUGCGUGCGCUUUCUGCGAAGGCACGCCACGGGACGGGCCCCCGUAGAGUUGCACACCGUGCAGACGGAGCGCGGGAUGGAUUGGAUGGAAGCAUUGGAGAAGGAGUCGGAGCUGACAGGGCCCAAGGAGGGGUUCUACCUGUCCCUGCAGGCGCGCAACAACAAGCACACUGCCGUGCUCUGCGCCGCCGUUCACACCAACAUCAGGAAGGAGAGACCCUCGAAGAAGGAGAUCAUGUUCCAGAUAUACAGGCCGAACACCGGCCUCCAGCUGCGGUCAGAGUCGUUGGCGGAGAUCGAGAAGAAGUACAAGAAGGUGACCAGCGACGAGGCGGAGGGACCUUGGAAGGCGCAGUACGCCGCCUCUCUGAGAGUUUGCAGCCACGCGUAUUGGCGCGCCGCGUGCAGGAACGCCAACGAAUGCGAGGUGGGGCUGCGGGUGCGCACGCACCACGUGCUCGCCGGCUCGGUGCUGGCGGUGUGGGCGCGGAUGGAGGCGGCGCUGGCCGCUCGGGCCGCCUUGCACAAGAUGCAGGUGGUGCGCAUCAAGACCGACGACGGCCGAAAGAUCGUCGGUACAGUGAUCCCAAAGAAUUGCGUGGAGCCGUUGAAGGAGGCGCUCUCUUCGGACGCGGUAUCGGUAACGGAGCAGAACUUCGAGGCGUCGGACGCGCUGAAUGACAUCAUGACUGAAAAGGAAGUUACUAUGGAAGAACUAGAGGAGACGGUAAAGUGCACUGACCAACAGCUGGACCUGAUAGAAUGGAAAAUGGACAGUAUGGAGAAACAGCUUGCUGAGCCAACAGUCAACAAUCAGGAAGUUUGUGUAAUGAAUUUGCUCAAAUCCGUAUCUGAGGUGCGCUCCGACUAUCAGCAGCUGCGGCGGGAGCUGAUGGAGGUGCAGGCUCUGCAACGCGAGCUAUCCACUAGGCUGAGGACCCAGCUGCGCGUGGUGCACGGCAAGUUUGCGAUGUUGCGCCAGCGGAUCGCGGCCGCCUCGCCGCCGCGU